AUGGUCCUGCCCAUCAUCCUUGGCCUUGGAGUUACUACUGCAGCCCUAACGGUGCGAUCUGGAUUGCGGGCAUGGGAAAUAUAUAAAAGACUAACGCCGCCCAUGAUAGCCCAGCUUAACGGACUGCGAAUAUCCACUUCUGAGGCCCGGUUCCAACGACAAAGUUCGCUUCGAUAUGCAGAUUUGAGUCCGCAGCUAAAAUCUCGACUUGAUCAAUAUGGCGGUGGGUUUUACCCAAAAAUGACAGAAUCUGAGGCUCUAUUGAUCCUUGGUAUCGAUGCUCGCGAAAUUUCAAGCCUGAACUUGGAUCUGUUAAAACGCAAGCAUCGCCGGGCUAUGCUGCAAAACCACCCUGAUCGUGGCGGAAGUCCGUUUCUGGCAAUGAAAGUCAACGAAGCUCGAGACGUUUUGGGUCAUAGCAUCAUGUUGAAGAGGUGA